CAAGCUUGCGUGGUCGACGCACGUAGCUGCGCCGUUUUCCAACGUUCCGAAAUACGUCGUUUUAAAGUGUUGUGUUUUGUGAUAUUUUUAUUAUAUUUUCUUGGAUAGCUGUUGAUUUAUAAAUAGGAACAAUGCCGGCGUACGACAAUGAGGGCGCCACCAUAUCUAUGGAGGAUGUACGGAAUAUAGAUGAACCGAUCACUAUUAGUACGAUAGAAGAACAGUUAAAUGCUAGAAGGGUACGACAGUUGAAGCCUCAGAAGUCGACUAUAGCUUCGAGGAAGCAGCAAGCGGUGUGCGUUAGACGAGCUCACAAGAAAUAUGGACCAACGAAGAAUCCUAAUGUUAUACUUGACGGAUUGAAUAUGACUGUACCUAAGGGAGCUAUUUACGGUCUUCUUGGAGCAUCUGGGUGUGGGAAGACGACUCUCCUAUCCUGCAUCGUUGGCAGACGUCGACUGAACAGUGGAGAGAUAUGGGUACUGGGUGGAAAGCCAGGAGGACCGGGCAGUGGUGUGCCGGGGCCCAGGAUAGGGUACAUGCCACAAGAAAUUGCACUCUUUGGAGAGUUCUCUAUUCGUGAAACGAUGAUAUACUUCGGUUGGAUAGCUGGCAUGGGCUCGAGGGAUGUGGAUGAAAGGACUGACUUUUUGAUAUCACUGCUACAGCUGCCCAAUCCUACGAGACAAGUUAAGAACUUAUCCGGAGGGCAGCAGAGACGAGUUUCGCUUGCAGCUGCAUUGCUGCACGAGCCCGAACUACUGAUAUUGGACGAGCCGACUGUGGGCGUUGAUCCAGUAUUGAGACAAAGUAUCUGGGACCAUCUUGUAGAGAUCACCAAAGGCGGAAGAACAACUGUCAUCAUCACAACUCAUUACAUCGAUGAAACUAAACAAGCGAAUAUUAUCGGUUUGAUGCGCGGUGGUCGAUUCCUCGCCGAAGAGUCUCCAAGCGAGCUGAUCCGACGUUACCAGGCCGAGAGUUUAGAAGAUGUAUUCCUCAAGCUGGCGGUGCUGCAGAAUAUGGGGAAACGUCGCCGCUCCAGCAUCUUGGCCGGAGUGGUGGAAAAGGUGGAAUUACCAGCGAUACCGGACCCUGCUGCGAUAGACUUAGAAGAGGCGGAAAUUGGAGAGAUUUCUGGUGAAUUUGGUGACAACGUGUCAAUGAGUAGCAAGAGUCGUGUAGUUGUAACACCAGAAUUGAUCGCGCCAGUAGAAGCUUUGCCACCUGAAGAGAAACCACCAACAGGUUGCUUGGAGCGGAUAAAACCUAUGAAAUGGCAUCACAUGAGGGCAUUGCUGUGGAAGAAUUUCUUAAGUCUAUUCAGGAAUUGGGGUCUCAUCGCAUUUAUAAUUGGUCUACCGGUAUCACAGAUGAUAUUGUUCUGUUUGGCAAUCGGACACAAUCCAGUCGGCUUGCCCAUCGCUGUUGUUAACUACGAAUUAGGACCGAACAGCUCGAUGGCCGACUGUCAUUACGACCCGAACCAUUGCCCUCAAGACCCGGAAACUUACGAAUGGAACUUAACGAGAUUCAGCUGCCAGUAUUUGGAUUAUCUCUCAAAGAGGCAAAGCAAUUUAAUAUACUAUCCGACCAAAGAAGACGCGAUGCGCGCGGCGCAGCGAGGGAAGGCGCGUAUUGUUCUAGUUUUUGCUUCCAACUUCUCUGAGAGUUUACAAAUGCGGGUGACGGACCCGAGGCACGCGGAUGACGGCACCAUAAUGAGCUCUGCUAUGGAGGCGCAUUUAGACGAUACCGACAAGCAAGUAGAAUGGAUGCUGGCACGGGAAUUGCAACUAGCGUUUAUGGCGACGACCGAACAUUUGGCGGAGAUAUGUGGCUUACCUAAGAGUAUUAUGUCGUUGCCUGUUCAUUUCAACCAACCAAUCUUCGGUCUUGAGGAUCCCAACUUUACCGAUUUCGCUGGACCUGGUGUUAUACUUACGAUUAUCUUCUUCUUGGCGGUUGCUUUAACAUCAGGGUCUAUGUUAGCUGAACGUAAUGAAGGCAUACUGGAAAGAUCUCUCGUGUCUGGUAUUACUGGUACUGAAAUUCUCUUUGCUCAUGUGCUCGUGCAGAUGAUAGUAAUGAUAAUACAAACUGCGAUGGUCUUAAUACUCGGCUUUGUGUUCUUCGGGUUGACUAUCAACGGCCCCGUUGGCUGGGUUAUUGUUUUGACUCUCAUCACUGGAUUAUGUGGGAUGACGUUUGGAUUCGUAGUGUCGUGUAUUUGCGACACUGAGAGGACUGCGACAUACUUGGCGCUGGGUUCCUUCUUGCCUAUGAUGUUGCUGUGUGGAAUUAUUUGGCCUGUUGAAGGUAUGCACAAAAUCCUGCAAUGGAUCAGCUACGUUCUUCCUCUAACAAAGUCUACAGAGUCGUUGCGUUCAAUGCUCCAGCGAGGCUGGACUGUCACAGUUCCAACUGUCUACUCUGGAUUUGUCUCCACUGUGAUAUGGAUCGUUGUGUACCUUACAUUAAGUAUAUUACUUAUUAAAUUUAAAAAGGGAUAAGUAGGAGAGUACUUUGAUAGCAAUAGUGGUGAUUAUGUAUUAUUUAGUGUAAUUUGAUGAAUGUGAUGUAAAAAAAUUUGUGAUUGUUGUGUGAUGUCUGUUAAGUUUAUCAUUAAGGAGGUUAUAAUGGUAACGGAGUGUCUGUGGUUUUUACUCUAUGUCCAUAAUGCAAUUUAACUAUAGAUCAACAAGUUAGCUGACCCGAUGGGCAUAAGUAAAACGAAAUUAUGAUCAUUAGCCUUCCUUUUAUGUUAUUUCAUGUCCAAUGUAGUUUUGUUUAAUUUGUCAAGGCCAAUAUAAUAGUGCCUCUCAUAUAUACACGUUCAUUUUUGACUAUAGGUGUAAAAUAAUUUUCAUACUUAAGAUUAGAGGUUUGCUCUUGGGUUUUAUAUUUGUGAUUUUAUACAUUUUAAAUAGAUUUGUUUAGAACGCUUUAUUUAAUUUGGUGGACUGAAGC